AUGAAAAGAUUUCAAAGAGAUUCUGAUCUCCACUUAGAAUAUUCGAACACUUUGCUUGAAUAUAAAAAUCAGAACAUUAUUGAAAAAGUUACUGAAGCAACUAAACCUAACGAUAGAGCUGUCUAUUAUUUACCACAUCAACCGGUUAUCAGAGAGGAAAGUCAGACUACAAAAUUGCGCAUAGUUUUUGAUGCGAGUUCGAGUAAGGAUUUCAAAAGUUUAAGCCUGAAUGACUGCCUGUGGGUUGGAGAAAAUCUUAAUUCCAAGAUUUUCGAUAUAUUAAUAAGCUUCAGGUUGAACAAAAUCGCCUUUAUUGCCGAUAUUGAGAAAGCUUUCCUACAGGUAUCACUUUCUGAAAAAGAUAGAGACGCUGUAAGAUUCCUGUGGAAGGAAGAUGGUAUUCUUCAAACUUAUAGAUUCAGCCGAGUGCUUUUCGGUGUAACAAGCAGCCCGUUUCUUCUUUCUGCGACAAUAAGGAAACACCUGAAGUUAUUUCAAGACAUGUAUCCCCUUACUACAGACUGUUUGCGUCGAUCCUUUUACGUAGACGAUUUCAUUUCGGGAGCGGACAGUUUGGAAGAAGCUAUAACUGUAUCAAAAGAAUCUUUAAGUAUCAUGGAAAAGGCUAGUAUGGUAUUGCGAAAAUGGAAGACAAACAGCGACAUUUUGAGGCAACUGUGGAGAAAUGAAGGUUUUCAAAUUCAAAGUGAUCCAAACAACUUAGAAACUCAUCCAACUAAAGUUUUGGGGAUGAUGUGGAGCAUUGAGGAUGAUAACUUCAUUUUGGAUAUGCCGAGCAUAUCAGAGAUACCCUUUCAAGAAAAUACUAAGCGAUCGCUUAUGAGAAUGAUAGGGAAAAUAUACGAUCCGCUGGGGUUGUUAGUUCCAUAUACCUUAAGAAUAAAGUGUUUGAUGCAAGAAUUAUGA